ACACUUUUUGGACAAUACCAUCACAAUAAACAAUGUCUGCUCAAAUCUUUGCCCAAGAGGCAACUCAAGAGAGAGCUGAAAAUGCUAGAUUGUCAUCUUUUGUCGGUGCACUAGCUUUGGGAGAUUUGGUAAAGUCUACUUUGGGACCAAAAGGAAUGAACAAGAUCUUGCAAUCUGUUGGUACUGGAGAAAUCACAGUCACAAACGAUGGAGCAACAAUCCUGAAAAGUAUCCCACUCGAUAAUCCCGCCGCGAAGAUUCUAGUCAAUAUCUCCAAAGUACAAGAUGACGAAGUAGGAGACGGAACAACGAGUGUAUGCGUUCUUGCAGCAGAAUUGCUACGUGAAGCGGAAAAAUUGGUGGAAAUGCGUAUCCAUCCUCAAACAAUCGUUGAAGGUUACAGAAUUGCUAGCACUGCAGCUUUGAGGGCACUCGAUUCCAGUGCAACCGACAACAGCUCAAAUCCAGCUGCAUUCCGUAAGGAUUUGUUCAACAUUGCAAGAACCACACUAUCAUCCAAAGUCCUGUCAGCCGAUAAAGACUACUUUGCCAAUCUGGCCGUCGACGCUGUUCUCCGUCUAAAGGGAUCAACCAAUCUUGACAAUAUUCAAAUCAUCAAGAAAGUUGGAGGGAAAUUGACAGAUUCAUAUCUCGAUGACGGUUUCAUUCUGGAUAAACGUAUUGGCACAAACUCACCAAAGCGUUUGGAGAACGCAAAGAUCUUGAUUGCAAACACUUCUAUGGACACAGAUAAGAUCAAGGUGUUUGGUGCUAGAGUCCGUGUUCAGGGAACAGGACAAUUGGCCGAGUUGGAACGUGCUGAAAGGGAAAAGAUGAAGGCUAAAGUCGAAAAAAUCAAAGCACACGGCAUUAACUGCUUCAUCAACAGACAGCUUAUCUACAAUUACCCAGAAUCGCUAUUAUCAGAAGCCGGUAUCGUAAACAUUGAACAUGCCGAUUUCGAAGGUGUGGAACGUCUAGCAUUGGUCACAGGAGGAGAGAUUGCCAGUACAUUCGACAAACCAGAAUUGGUCAAGUUAGGACAUUGCGAUCUUAUCGAAGAAGUGAUGAUCGGAGAAGACCGUCUUAUCCGAUUCUCUGGUGUAUCUGCCGGUGAAGCAUGCACUGUUGUUUUGCGUGGUGCCACAUCACAAAUGGUGGAUGAAGCUGAACGAUCAUUGCAUGAUGCUCUCAGUGUUUUGAGUCAAACCGUCAAAGAGACACGAGUUGUCUUGGGAGGAGGAUGUGCAGAGAUGAGUAUGAGCAAAGAGGUUGACGAAGAAGCAAGAAAGACGAGUGGUAAACGCGCACUUGCAACAGAAGCCUUUGCAAGAGCAUUGAGACAAUUGCCUACAAUCUUGGCCAACAAUGCCGGUUUAGAUUCUUCUGAACUAGUAUCCCAACUACGUGCUGCCCAUCAAAGAGGUGAUAAGGAUGCCGGAUUAGAUCUUUUCCAAGGCAAGGUUACCUCAAUGCGAGAGAUGGGAGUAACGGAAAGUUACAAAUUGAAGAGACAAGUGGUUUUAUCUGCCAGCGAAGCCAGUGAAUUAAUCUUACGUGUGGAUGAUGUUCUCAAAUCAGCACCAAGAAGGCGGGAAGCUCAUUGAUAGAAUGUCGAUAUUACUACACUGCAUAGGUAACCUUUGUGCCCCCAUUUUCUUGUUGUAAUCAUUGUACAAAUUGAAUACAGACAUAUAUAUAUAUAGAGAGUAAGUCAAACC